UAAUUUAUUCUCCUUUCUAAUGAUAAAUAUUUAUACGAUUGAUAAAUAAAACUAAAAUGUGAUUAAGUACGUUAGUAUUUAUUUAUUAAAGAAAUGAAGAAAUGUGUUUACAAGGCUAUCACGUGUGUACUGUACUGUACUGUACUGUACUGUAGUGCAAUUUUUCCCAUGUUUAUUUAUUUUGACAAUUACAAUAUAAUUUAUAACAUAAAGUAUUUAUUUAAAUCAUUAUCAAUCUAACUUGUUUCCUAUCAAGGUGCAAUUAUGUGUUUCUAAAAUUGAUAUUGUUAAUGUUACUGUUCAGAUUAUUUACUUUCUUCUUCUUGUCAAAUUUAAAUGUUAAAAAGUAUAACGAAAUGUAACCUGUGAUUUUUGUGAUUAAUAAAGUCUGGUUUGAUUGUACAGACUAAUGAUAAUUGACUAUUGACUAUUCUUUUUCAGAAAAUCAAGAUGGUGAACAAUGAUACUUGGCCCGGCUUUUAUCCAAAGGAAAAGCUGAAAAAACUUUCGCGGAUUCGUGCACUUUUGAAGCUGGAUCCGAUAUCAUGUCUUGAAGAAGAGAAACGUUUACAAGAAUCUAUGAUCAUAGAAAACAUCGAAGAUGACAUUAAAAUAGAAGCUAAAAAUGGCGACACUGCCGAGGAAAUAAUAUUAAUAGAUGAAGAAAUGACUGAGAUUAAACCGAACAAUAUCAAAUUAAUUGAUGACAAAAGUUUUUUAGAAACUGAAGAUUUAGAACCUUUAGCGUCUGCAGAAAAGAGGAUAAAACUAGACGAUAACGAUUCGCCGAAGUUGGAUUUAGAGGCCCUUGUUUCUAAAUUUAUUUACUCAUUAAGAGAGUUUGAGCCUCUAACGGAUAUUCUUGUACAGAUUGGAGAUCUAAAUCAGGAGGAGCGGAAACUGUUUGAGCAGAGUUUAAUUAAGAAUAUGAUUGGAUCUUUUCUAGAGAAGAUUGGUGAAGCUUGUACAAGAUGGCGGAUACUGGAGGAACACGUGUUUCUUACUUUACUUGAGUUGUUGCAGCAGCUAGUUGAAAAGAUUGAAUAUAUUCCUGGUGACGUAGAAGGUGUUUACAGAUCACUAAUUACCUCUUAUCCACAGCUGAAGAAUUGCAUUCUGGACUCUAUAUUUACUCUUACCAGAGGGUUCGACAUUUUAGAAGCAUUGAUAGAGAGCAAUGAAUUUAGUAAGGACGAGGUAAUAGCUGGACUUAUCUUUAUAUAUAGAGAUAGGAAAUUCACCGCGGCACAUACAGGCAUUGUAGAGAGUAUGCUCCGUGGUAGUUUAAACCCUUGUCCCCAACUUGAUCAACUUAUAUCUACAAUAUUUCAGGCUAUUAACAGAAAUAAAAGUUGCAAUAAAUGCCUUACUACUUCUAAAUUCAGUAUAAAUAUCCUGGCCCGUGUUGAAAAGCUAAAUACUAUGGCUUCAGUCCAGCUUGAAAUCUAUAUUAAACAGAAUAAAACUUUUCUUAGGUCCAAACUUCUGAAGCAAUAUGAAAAAUUAAGGACUGAGACAGAAUCAGAAGUUCAAGUUCAACCAUUAGAAGCAAACACGAUAGAUCUUUGAUUGAUUUUAAAAACUGUGAUACCUUCCAUUAA